AUGGGGUUGGGGGGGGGCGGGCUCGGUUCCGAAGAGGUUAAGCCGCGGCCCGGUGGGAUGAAACCCCGGAGCUUCAUGGGAUGCCGUAUAAAGGCGUUCCGCCGCCGGGAGCUCCCGGUGCGCACGGAGCGCGGUGCCAUGGAGCCGCCGGGCACCGCCGGGGCACCGGGAGCGGCGGGGCGGCCCUGGGACGAGGCGAAGGCGUUCUACGAUAACCUCGCCCCCAAGAAGAAACCUAAAUCGCCAAAGCCUGAGAAUGCCAUCACCAUCGCAGUGUCAUCACGGGCGCUUUUCCGCAUGGAGGAGGAGCAGAAGAUUUACAACGAGCAAGGGGUGGAGGCCUACGUGAAAUACCAGCUGGACCAUGAGAAUGAGCCCUUCCUCCCCGGGGCCGCCUUCCCCUUCGUCAAGGCACUGGAAGCAGUGAACACGCAGCUUCGGGAGCUCUAUCCUGACAGCGAGGAGCUCUUUGACGUCGUCCUGAUGACCAACAACCAUGCCCAGGUCGGAGUUCGCCUGAUCAACAGCAUCAACCACUAUGAUCUGUUCAUUGAGAGAUUCUGCAUGACGGGGGGGAACAGCCCCAUCGGUUACCUCAAGGCCUACCACACUAACCUCUACCUGUCCUCUGAUGCUGAGAAAGUGAGUGGGGCCAUUGAAGAGGGGAUUGCUGCAGCCACCAUCUUCAGCCCCAGCAAAGACCUGGAGGUGUCGGAGAAGCAGCUGCGCGUGGCAUUCGAUGGCGAUGCCGUGCUCUUCUCAGAUGAAUCGGAGCAGAUCGUGAAGGCUCAUGGCCUGGACAUGUUCUUUGAGCACGAAAAGGCUCACGAGAACAAUCCUCUGGCACAGGGACCCCUGAAGGGCUUCCUGGAGGCCCUGGGAAAGCUACAGAAGAAGUUCUACUCCAAGGGGCUGAGGAUGGAGUGCCCCAUUCGCACCUACCUGGUCACAGCCCGCAGUGCUGCCAGCUCGGGCGCCCGGGCCCUAAAGACUCUGCGCAGCUGGGGCCUGGAGACGGACGAAGCACUGUUCUUGGCUGGCGCUCCCAAGGGCCCCCUGCUGAAGAAGAUCCGCCCCCACAUCUUCUUUGACGACCAGAUGUUCCACGUGGAGGGAGCCAAGGAGAUGGGCACUGUCGCUGCCCACGUCCCCUAUGGCAUCGCCCAGAAGCACAAGCGGCCGCCGCAGGAGAAGCAGCCCCAGAACAGCAAAUAGGGCAUGGGCACAGCACGGAGCUGGGCUGCGAGAGGAGGAGGAGGAGGAGGAGGAGGAUGCCGAAGGCCUCCUGUCACCUCAGUGUUUUGCGGUGUCGUGAUGUUGUCCCCUUCCUCAUGGCACCGCUUCCCUGCUGGGUAGCUGUAACCCGUCAGCUGUUCUGAAGUCCCAGAAGCCUUUGGUUCGAAGAGCGAGUGUUGAGGCUGAGCUGCUGGGCUGGAGAGUGGUGAGCACAAAAAGCCCUUCCUGAAGCUUUGAACAAAAUAGUAAAACAAAACCAUGGGUUCGUUCCCUUAGGGGAACUCAAGAGAGAUCCAUCCUCUGCUGGAUCUCUCGCCAAGGCUUUGGCAGCUGCACAGCUUUCCUGUCAUAGGAACAUGGAAUCUCUAGGUUGGAAAAGACCUCUGAGAUCAUCCAGUGCCCCGUCCAGCUGCCACCACCACUGCCCGCUGAACCACGCUGCCAAGCACCACGUCCACCCUUUCCUUCAACCCCUCCAGGGAUGGUGGCCCCACCACUUUCCCGGGCAGCCUGUUCCUGUUUCAUAUUUGGAAAAAUAGAAACAAAUACUUAUAUUUAAAAAAAAAGAAUCCCAUUUUUUGCUUUUGGAGCUUUGGGCCAUUGUGCCAAAAUUUGGGUUCCACAGUUGCACCCACAGUAAGGCAGCCAAAGCCCAGCUCUGGUGCGUGCUUUCCUGGGUCUGCAGACACAUCACUGGGGCUUAAAGUAAAAGCAGCCCUAAAAUAGUAGGAACAUCAUUUGAAGUCCGUUUAGGCAAAUCUGCAGAGAAUUUCAGCCUUGGGGACUUAAUUAAAGGAUUUCUUUCCCCUCUCUGAGCUGAGCCCAUAGGGGUUGAUAAUCUUUUUCUCCUCAGUUUCUUAAAACUCUGGUAUUCCCAAAAUAGACCCUGGGAGAAAGAGCCACCUCUAUGAUCAGAGAGCAGGAAGGGAAUCAAUGGGAGCACUGCUCUGCGGUGGGCAUGAGCAUCACAUCCACGUCACCAUGCAAAACCCCAUCCUGGGGGACGCAGCAAAUGUGAGGAUUACUUUUGUGUGCUUCUCUCCCUUUUUUUUCUUUGCUUUUUUUUUUUUUUUUUCUGUUUGCUUGUUCUGAAAGCAGAGCACGCACCAUGGGCACAGAGCUGCACUCAGCGUGGGUUCUCUGCAGUGACCUCCAGCUUUGCAGCACCUCCCUGGGGUGAGGUUCUCCCUGUCCCUGCCUGUCCCAGCUCCGCUUUGCAGGGAGGCUCCAGUGGUGGUUAUGGCCCCUCUGAUGGGAGCCCAGUGGGCUGGCAGUGUCCUCAUCGGCUCCGCAGCCUGUUUUCUUGUUGCACUAAAUCCUGCUCCAGCAGUGAAAAGCAAAUUGCACUUUUUCCUCCUCCCUGAACGCUUUCAUUUUGACAGACUGUUAUUUGUGGCACCAGGGUGACCAAGGUCUGUGAUCCCAACAAAAAAGACUGGAAAGAAAGAAGCAUUGCAGUAAUAGUCUAUUAAUGUAUGUGUCUAUCAAAAAAUCCCGACUUCAUGUGAACCGUGGAUAUCGGGCUCUGAGUGGCAUCUCUCAGCCCUUCUUAUCCUCCGUGAACAUUUCCCGGGUGUUUCCUGAAGAUCUCAUCUUGGAAGCUCAGCUCCAGCAUGGGAGGGGGAGGGGGAACGGCAUCGCCAGCGAGUGCAUGGGGAGGAAGGGGGGGUGAAGACGGGAUGGGACGGGAUGGGAUGGGCCACGGACACUUGUACAGCUGCCAAAGGUGGGUACCAUCAAGGUGUGUGCCCCAGGCACGGUGUGGGACGUGACCCCGGCACUGUAUGUGGGCACGGCUUGGCCAUGGCCCUAUGCUGUGUUGGCUGACAAAUGGACUUCACCUCUGCAUCUCGCUCUCAUCGAUUUUGCUUUGUUGUUCUCCCAUGUUUUUUUGUGAGUGAGCUGCCACGAUAACGAAGCCCCUUUGGGUGGUGUUCUGUAAUAAACAGUGUUGGU